GGCGCUCGCAGUCUUUCCGUUAUUAAUAACGGACACUGGCAGUAUCCCGGCACAAAAUCCCGGAAACAUCUCGUUCGUGAAAUUCAACGAAUCUCCGAAUGUAAUUUCGAAUCGUUGUGUCUUCGUUUUGGUGUACUUUCAAAUUCGUGGAAAGAGAGUGUGCCGUCUCGUGGAUUACACGUCGUAUCAUUUAAACGAGAAUUCGCGAAAACGGGCGUGCCUUGGACAAUCGGCGACGUCCCUGACGUGAAAAUACACAACGGCGAGAAGUGGUGGACAACGACAGCAAGACAUCGACUGCGGUUAACAUUGCGACAAAAAGGACUAACAGUCCGAUAGAAGCGAUAGAGCAGAGGAACAAAGAAAAGGGAAACGAGGAAAAUAAAACCGAACGGCAAUCGUAACAGGAGCAGUGGUAACAACGGUGACGGGAAGGGAAAAGUACAAGCUACAACGGUGGAGAGGAACGCGAUACAGCCGCGUGAUUUUGAACGCGAACACAGACGUAACUGUCAACGGUCAGAUUUGAAAGUCUCGCAAAUUGCAGGGUCCUCGUAAGGCUUCCCUCGCGAGAAUCGUUGUAUUUUCGUCACGUCAACAUCGUUAACGUCGUGUCAUAUUGUCGCCGUCUUUGUCGUCGUCGUCGUCGUCGUCGUCGUCGUCAUCGUCGUCGUUGUGUUCGAUCCGGUGAAAAACCGGUCGUCUUAUAAUAUUAACCACGGUGUGAGAACGCGACUAAAUGACCAUGGACCUCCGCAUGUACAACAUCGAGACCGGCUACAGUAUAAAUAUCAAAAGGACGGACGGUCGUGUUCAUUCGGCAGUGGUUUCGGGUAUUAAUUGGGAACAACGCACCGUUACCGUAGAAUGGUUCGAGAGAGGAGAGACGAAAGGGAAAGAGGUCGAGAUAGAUGCGAUCAUCGCGUUGAAUCCCGACCUGACCAAUCAGAAAACCAUAGAAUCACCCGCUCAGAUGAACAAUCACACGUUGAUAUCUUCCAGAGCACGGGAUUCUUCGGACGAGGAAGACGAGGGGGUGGACGAGUCGGAAAACCAAGAGGAGGGGCCCCUUGGACGGCACAGCGGUCACACCGCAAGAAACGGCCUCGCAUCCGCCACACUUCCUCAUUCGAUCAAGCCAUCGAUUCCAGUGAAAGCGGGUUUCAACAGACAAUCGUCGCGACAAACGGGUCGGCCAACCAACAUAAUGCCGCCUGGCAGCACCGUGAACGGCCACGGUGACUCUGUGGCUGGAUUAACAGGUCGAAGGGAGGUGGAGAACGUGCCCACGCCCACCACGGCCACGGCCGCUUCCUUCAACGUCACCCUCUCGGCUCUGGCCAAACAGAAGCAGCAGCAGCAGCAACAACAGCAGCAGCAGCAACAGCAGCAGCAGCAACAGCAGGGGGCACAACAGGUGGAGAACGGUCGUGGAAGACGAACGAACGUGGUGAAAGAGGUGGAGAGGUUGAAGAAGAACAGGGAGGAAAGAAGGCAGAGGCAAGCCGAGUUAAAGGAAGAGAAGGAGGCUCUGAUGAAUUUAGAUCCUGGUAAUCCAAAUUGGGAGUUUCUCGCUAUGAUAAGGGAGUAUCAGAACAGCAUCGAGUUCAGGCCGCUCCGGGAGUCGGACGUGGUCGAGGAUCACCAGAUCACCGUGUGCGUGAGAAAGCGCCCCCUGAACAAGAAGGAGAUGGCGCGGAAAGAGGUGGACGUGAUCAGCGUGCCCAGCAAGGAUCAAAUGGUGGUACACGAGCCGAAGGCCAAAGUCGAUCUCACCAAAUAUUUGGAGAAUCAAAUUUUCCGUUUCGACUACGCGUUCGACGAGACGUGCAACAACGAGAUCGUGUACAAGUACACGGCCAAACCUCUGGUCCAGACCAUCUUCGAGGGUGGGAUGGCCACCUGUUUCGCCUACGGUCAAACGGGAAGCGGGAAAACCCAUACGAUGGGCGGUGAUUUUAACGGGAAAACCCAGGAUUGCAAGAAAGGUAUAUACGCGAUGGUAGCCAACGACGUGUUUAAAUGCCUCAAAUUGUCCAAGUAUCGCUCCCUUAAUCUCAUCAUUUCCGCGAGCUUCUUCGAAAUUUAUUCGGGGAAGGUGUUCGAUUUAUUGGCGGACAAGGAAAAGCUUCGCGUGUUGGAGGACGGGAAACAACAGGUGCAGAUUGUCGGAUUGACGGAGAAGGUGGUGGAGUCGUGCGACGAGGUAUUGAAAUUGAUACAACACGGGAACAGCGCGAGGACCAGCGGGCAGACAAGCGCCAAUUCGAACUCGUCUCGGUCGCACGCCGUGUUUCAAAUCAUAGCCCGUACACCGGCCACCCAUAAAGUUCAUGGAAAAUUCUCGUUGAUCGAUCUUGCCGGAAACGAGAGAGGAGCCGACACGUCUUCCGCCAACAGACAGACUCGAAUGGAAGGUGCGGAGAUCAACAAGUCGCUGUUGGCCUUGAAAGAAUGCAUUCGAGCCUUGGGCCGCAAAGGAACGCAUUUGCCGUUUAGGGCUAGCAAGUUGACGCAGGUGUUAAGGGACAGCUUCAUCGGUGAAAAAUCGAAAACCUGCAUGAUCGCCAUGAUCAGUCCAGGAAUGAGCUCGUGCGAGCACUCGUUAAACACUUUGAGAUACGCGGAUCGAGUGAAGGAGUUGGCUGCCACUGAUCCAACGGAAGUGAAAAUUUCCUCGACGGACGACGAACGGGAAUUAAAAAUCGAGGCACAGUCGAACAACGUGUUGUCCGACAGCGACUUGGCGCAACUGCGAUCCCUGAACGAGAGCGAAAUAUCUCAAGAUCUUUACACGUUUCACGAGGCGGUAUCCGCGUUGCAAAUGCUGGAGGAGGAAGUCUUGGACACGCACAAAAUGGUUAUGGAUCAAACGACCAGAUUUCUCAAUGAUGCACACAGUGUGUUCAGUGUGACUCACGAAGUAGACUAUGACCAAGAAGAUUCACGCGGUAAAGAUAAGGCAAAGGCAAGUCGUCGGUUAGAAUCGAACUUAGAAGCCGGAAGGACAACAACAACAACAACGACGACGACGACAACAACAACGACAACACCAACAACACCAACAACUACAACUACGACGACGACGACAGCGACAACGAGUUCGAGCACGGUGGCUGUGUCGAUAAGUGACGAUAACGAUAUCGUUUCGGAUAAUGGCCGAUGGUCCAACGUGAAUAUCGAUAAGAAAAUAAAGAAUUCGUUAAAAUCUCCUUGGCGGGACGAAAUGGAAUGUGAAAGUGAGAAUGUAAAUUCUUGCGAUAGGUAUCACGAAUUUUCGUCGAACGUUUUCGAAUCGACUCGCGUCGAGGAAAUUGCGGCUGAUCGUAUUAAUAAAUUUCGUCCAAAAGGCGCGUCGCGCAUCGAAAAUAUUUGGAGGACUAACGAUUUGUCUGGAAACGUCGGCGAGAGAACAAACCCAUCCUGUCGGAUGGAUAACCGUGCGCAACGAUUUAAACGAGCCACGAGCAGUGGGAAAAAGUAUCAUUGGUCCGGAACUUUCAACGAUCGUGCGAAAAGAUACUCGUCCGUCGAUAACAUCGGAACACCCACCUGUGCGAAAACUCGUCGUUUCUCAAGUAACGAUUGCCACGAGAUCAUUGCCACGGAUUCGAAUUACGAUUACAACUUGGAUGGGUUCGAUGACGAGAAGACCGUCAAGAAAUUGUUUCGCUGCGAUAAAUUCAACUUUACCGACGAAACAAGCAACGAGUGCGCGAGACAUUGGCUCGAUCAUCGAUCAUCGUUAGACUUUUUCAAAGAAAGAUUUAACAUACCGCGCGAGGAAGAGGGAAAUCAUCGUGGUCAUCGUGUUCAUGGUCAUCGGCGAAACGGAACGAUCGAACAACGAGGGAACGAGGAAAAUGAGGAGAUCCUCGACUCGACCAGCUCCUCCGACCGCGUCGAUAACUACGAUCCCGAUCAAUCCACCAUUAUCGAUCGAUACAAACUCACUCUCUCCACCGUAUACGUUCGUAAACAUCGUUGGACAUCGAUCGACGAUCAAUCCAAAAUCAUAGUUUGCAAUUUUGUGUCGUUUUUCAGAGAUAUUAUUCUUUUUACCUUUUUACCCAGCCUGUACAUAGCAAUUUUUAUUUACGCGAACAGAACGGAGGAGCGAUAAGUUUUCGAUUGUUUACGCGUUUUUCCAACAGGGAUCAAUCUUUUUCGCACUAUACAUUCCUUCUUUUUUUUUUUUUUUUUUUUUUUUAUUUCCUUUUCUCAUCCGUUUCACGUUAUAUAUAUAUAUAUUUUUUUUUCCUUCUCCUCUUUGCCCUUCCUAUCGAUAUCUUUCUAUAUAUUCGAUAAUAUAAUAAUUUUUAUAUUUUGACAUCAAAUCUUUAGCGUUUAGCGAAAAUAAAACAGACAAAGCGAGCAACACACCGCAUCCGAUGUUUUGCGGAUUUUCUAUUGGUAUACGAUUUCUCUUUUUUUUUUUUAUUUUUAAUUUCGACGAUAACUACAAAUGUAAAAAA